AUGCUGCGUGUGUGCGAGAAUGUUCAAGAGGCGAUGGCGCAUAGCAGGCGAUGGCAGAUACCGCUCCUCGUCUUGGUGCACAGCAGCGAUGCGCCGAGUGGGAGCCACACCGGCGGUGACGACAUCCCCGGACUGCACAACACAAACAGCAGCGGGAAGAGGACUGUCAACGCGAUGUUUCAGCUGGGCGGGGGGGAGCUCUCGCACGACGGCGCGGCACAGCGGCAGGCGUUGGAGGCGGUGCUGCACGAGUCCCGUCUGGCUGCGGUGACGGUGGUGCACUUCAUGGAAGCCGGUUCGGCGGCGCACAAUCUCUUCACCACCGCCGUGCCGGAGUCCAGCCAGGUGGUCCCACGGCUCCAUGUGUUUCCGUCAUCUCUGCGGAAGCUUCCACGGGCAGUGCUGCAUGGUGCCGCGCUCACGCCAGGAGGAAUAUACGAGACGACUCGGCUGGCGCUGCAGAUGCCUCCGCUUAGCAAAGUCACGGAAUCGAUAGGAGAAUUUGUGCAGCAGGUGGAGGAGAUGAAUGCUGCAGUACGACAGACAUCGACGUCGGGCCCCUCCGUCUUUUUCACACCCCGGCACGCGGCACCCACACCAGGACGAGGUGUCGCGGGAAGCGAGGCGACGACGCGCACUGCAGGUGGCGUCUCUACUGCUGCUGCUGCUGCUGUUGCCAAUACUGGUGGUGGAGGUGCACCUUGCGGGCUUCAUUUUAUUGCAAUCAAUGGUCUUGCAAAGAAAGAGGUUGUCGUCACCUCGCCCGGCAUGACGCUGCGUACCGUGUGGCAAAAGGUGCAACAGGCCCUCCAGCGGGAGCGGGAGACGGCGAAACUGGGGAGCCGCCCGUAUGAUGGCACGAUGUUUGUGCUGCGCGUCGAGCCGCCGCCCGCAACAUGUGUGGAAGGUGAUGGUGCGGGCAGCACACCAGUGGUGGUCAAGUCCUUGGAGGAGGCCGCCAAGAUUAAUAUUCAUGUUCUGCCUCACAACACGGUUGUCACAGUAAUAAAGGAUGACAACGUGGUAGGAACGUCACAGCGUGGUGACAACAGUAGCUGCUGGAGCGGGAAGCAAGCGGACGCCACUGAAGUGGGUGACCAAAACGAGAGAGGAAGGGCCCCGGCGGGGCUGCGCUGUGAAGGUGGAACUUGCAGGCUCCGCUCCCCACAUUCAAAAAGCGAAAUGUCGCCUGCGACAGGCACAAAGCAGCAGCCACAGCAACAACAACAAAAACAAGAACAACAACAAGGCGUCCCGUCAUCUGCCGCAGCUGUGGUCCAAAAAAAAGAAGAAACGAAGGCGCCGCCAAGUGCUGGCGUAACUGCACGCAUAAAUUUGCGUUGCUCGCUUCCGGACGGCAGCACGCACACUGUGGACGACCUCGACCCCGCCGUUGCGACCUUGUCCACACACGUGCGCGGCCAAAUCGCGGCGUUGGUUGGCCAUGACGUCUUCGUGUUUGCGCGCGCGUACCCACCACGCCGAUUCACCUCUGAGGAAGAGACAUCCACGCUCGAGUCAGUCGGUCUGCGUACAUCGUCGGCUCUACGAGUAGUGCCCACCGCGGGGCACUCGUCCGCCGCCACCAAUGUGGCGCCGCACCAUGUGGAUGCCACGGCUGGUGGGCUGUUGGGGUUGGUUUCCUCCAUGCUGCGGCGCAGCACUGGGUCCGCUGCCGCUGCUGUUUCUGCUUUGGUACCGCCAUCCUCAACGGGGGUCGUGCGUGGGGGCGGGGGACGACCGGCGCAUAGCAGUCGGUUUCGCACCAUGGCAGAGAUACGCGCAGAAGAGGAGGAGGAGGAGAACCGGCGCGCCGCCAUGGCGGACGCAAAGCAGGACNUCGGUUUCGCACCAUGGCAGAGAUACGCGCAGAAGAGGAGGAGGAGGAGAACCGGCGCGCCGCCAUGGCGGACGCAAAGCAGGACUCAGCCGAUGGGCCACGCCGGAAAAAGGCAAAUCGGUACUACGGCGGUGACUCCACCGAGUACACGGACAGGGCGGGAAGCGACAGUGAGGAGGACGACGGUGCCAGAGACAACAAAGCCUCCAAUCACGCCAAGAAGAAUACUUAAAGUGUGUAUAUACAAAUUGAGAUGUGAACGUGUGCUUCGGAUGCGUAAGAUGGUUAAAAACAAAAAACCACCCUUUGGGUAG